GUGGAUCGUACAUUGGGUGGUGGGGAAUCAGCGUUAACGGAGGAAUUGCACACAAAAUCUAGUGAGAACGAAAAGGAGACAUUGAAAACCAAGUUAGACCAACCUCAAGUUGUGGAUACUUCAACUGGUCCAACUCGUAUUGACCAAGAAAAACAAAUUAAAGAAGAAAAGCAACAACUAUCACCUAAUAGAGAUGACUCCUCUACUCUUUCACCUAAAGGAACCAUUAGUACUGGGGAUAGUAGUGGACCAGGUACAACAACAGUGGCUGGACCCCAAUCUGGUGAAAAAGAAGGAGAUACCCCAGAGAGAUUGAAUACUCCAGCACAACCUACAUCUGCAACGAGUUCUUCUGCGAGUGUACCUGCCGAUGUCAAUCUUUCCCAAAGUUUACCGGCAGAGAGCAGCACAAUUUCAACAUCUUCCACUAACACCAGUACAGGUAACAGUACUUCUAGCGUGGACACGGGUGUGAGUGCAACAGCAGACACAGAAGGAACCAAUACCACUUCUACCACCAAGGCAUUCCCCGAGAACACUGACAGACAAGCAACGAAGAUUGUCAACGUUGACAGCAGCAGUGUCAAUCCUCUGUGGAUGCGCACUGCAGCACCGCUACUAAUUGUGGUUGUGUUGUUCUCCUUUACU